UAUUUUUCAUUCAAAGAAAGAAAAAAAAAAUAUAACGGUUGAACUAGCUUUUAAUGAGAUAAGCUAAGGAAAGAAAUAAUCAAAAAAGCCAAAUGAUGAAAUCAAAUAAUAUGAAAUUUCCUUAAAAAAACAUAUACUAUAUGAAAUUAGUUCAUGGUCAUAAAACUUCCAAGAGACAACAAGGCAGUCCAUGUUCUUUCAUAUUAUCCAAUAGCAAUAUCCAAACUCCAUAAAUAGUAGACCCCCAUCUUUCUAUUUUUCCCAUACAUAAUUAAUUAAUUAAUUACCUAGUAUAUAUAUAUAUAUACAUAUAUUUUUCCUCCAUUAUAAUUUCUUCCUUUUUCUCUCAACUUCUCUCACUAUUGUUUAAUUUCUAGCCAUGAAUGUUACAGAUGAUCACCAUAAGCACGAUGAUGAUCAUCAAGCAAUCGCGACCGAUGAUCUUAAAACACCUCUUCUCCCACUCAAUCACAACGAUGUUAAUCAAGAGAGUUCCACCUCCCUAAUCAUGUCACUUGUCACACCUAACACGUUCUUUAUUCUUCUAGGACCUUUGUUAUGUGGAGUAAUAUGUUUGUGGGUGAAAGUUGGUGAAUUGGAGUCUAGUAGAAAUAUGUUGGGUGUCCUUGCAUGGAUUUUUACGUGGUGGCUCACCAUGGCGGUCCCUAUGCCGAUCACCUCCAUGUCGCCGUUGUUCCUUUUUCCGAUCUUUGGAAUCUCCUCCGCCGAUGUGGUUGCUAAGUCUUACAUGGAUGAUGUGAUUUCUCUUGUGCUUGGUAGCUUCAUUCUUGCUCUUGCUGUUGAGCAUUAUAAUAUUCACAAGAGGUUGGCCUUGAAUAUAACUCUAUUAUUUUGUGGCGACCCUGUAAACCCUCCUCUACUUUUACUUGGGAUUUGUGGCACAACGGCAUUUGUCAGCAUGUGGAUGCACAACGUUGCAUGUGCCGUGAUGAUGAUGCCCGUGGCCACCGGAAUCCUACAACGACUUCCGACUACGAGGACAGGGGAAUCCAACACCAUUGACAAGUUUUGUAGGGCAGUGGUCCUUGGAGUGAUAUACUCUGCAGCUAUAGGUGGAAUAUCUACUUUAACUGGGACAGGUGUCAACCUGAUAUUGGUUGGAAUGUGGAAAAGUUAUUUUCCUGAAGCGAAUCCCAUUAGUUUCAACACUUGGUUCUUCUUUGGGUUUCCUUUGGCCGUCAUAAUCUUCUUCUUUAUGUGGGUUAUUCUUUGUUGCUUGUAUUGUGAAAGAGGCUCAUCGAGGGUUCUUUCUAAUUACUUGGAUAAAACUCAUCUCAAAACAGAACUUGACUCGCUAGGUCCAAUGUCCUUCGAAGAAAAGAUGGUGUUGUCCGUCUUUUCGGGGCUAAUAGUGCUAUGGAUGACAAGGAACUUGACAGAUGAACUGCCUGGAUGGGGAGCUCUUUUUAAAGGAAGAGCUGGUGAUGGCACUGCUAGUGUGUUGAUGGCAACUUUGUUAUUCAUAAUACCAAACAAAAGGCAGAAGGGAGAAAAACUAAUGGAUUGGAACAAGUGCAAGAAGCUGCCUUGGAACAUAGUCCUUCUAUUAGGUGCCGGUUUCGCUAUAGCGGAAGGUGUCCGCACAAGCGGCCUUGCAGACGUCCUGUCCAAGGCAUUGGACUUCCUUGAGGCCGCCCCGUUUUGGGCAAUUGCCCCGGUGGUGUGCCUCAUUGGUGGAACGAUUACCGAGUUCACCUCCAACAACUCUACCACAACAUUGUUGAUCCCAUUGCUAAUACAAAUUGCAAAAACCAUGCAUUUGCACCCACUCUUACUCAUGGUCCCUGGAGCUAUUGGAGCACAAUUUUCUUACUUGCUUCCUACCGGAACACCGUCAAAUGUUGUUGGGUUUUCUACUGGGCAUAUUGAGAUCAAGGAUAUGCUCAAGGUUGGCUUCCCUUUGAAGAUUUUUGGCACCCUUACUCUAUCAGUUCUAAUGCCUACUCUUGGAGCCUAUGUUUUUGGAACCAGUAAAAUGGUGAACUACCCAUUAACUUGGCGCAGCGUACAAGCAUUGUAACUUUGAUCAGCUGCUCGCCGGUAUAUAUACUGAACUUACUGGUGGAUGAUGCAGGGCAUAAGGUGCUAUAUCGAUCAGUAGGGCUCGGCGUAAUUUAUAUGGCCAGCGUCAAUUUAUUAAGAGCCAAAGAUGCAUAUUAUCCCAGUAUAUAUAUGUACUUAUUUAGCACCCUAGCUGUGUAGUAGUGAGCACAUUUUAUGUCUUCCGAUCCUUCAGGCUAUGUUUGAUAACUCAUUUCAUCGACUAGCUUGAAUGAUCGGGAAGUUUGUAAUUUUCAUGCUCGCCGUGAGUAGUAGGAUCAGAUUGUAGCUAGCUUGUUAUGAUCUUGGAGGAUCCAAGAAUAUCUGACGUAGAAAAGUUGUAAAUUCAAAGCAAUCAAUUAUAUAUAUAUAUAUCAUGAUAAUUUCAUAA